CUGUCUCCGUAAUGAGAUACAGUGCAUCAUCGUUUGGAUUUGCUUUUGAUGCUACCCUGGAUGUUUUGUCAUCAGCGAUAGUUUUGUGGCGUUACAGCAACGCAGCUGCUGUGCAUUCUGCACACAGGGAGUACAUAGCUUGUGUUAUCUUGGGUGUCAUAUUCCUCCUGUCAUCUCUAUGUAUUGUGAUCAAAGCCAUCCAUGAUCUUGCGAAGAAGGUGCUUCCAGAAGUGGAUGAUUUUCUCUAUAGUGUCUCCGUUUUAAGUGGAAUCCUUUGCACUGCCUUGGCAGUAAUCAAAUUUAUGCUGGGAAAGGUCCUUACAAGCAGAGCGCUGAUAACCGAUGGUUUCAACUCUCUUGUAGGUGGAAUAAUGGGAUUUUCCAUCCUUCUUAGUGCAGAAGUCUUUAAACACAAUUCUUCUGUCUGGUUUCUGGACGGCAGUAUAGGAGUUUUAAUUGGACUUACAAUAUUUGCCUAUGGAAUCAAGUUGCUUAUCGACAUGGUACCCCGCGUGAGGCAAACGCGCCACUACGAAAUGUUUGAGUGAAGAGCGCGCCCUCUCCUCUGUCAGGACUGUAAAACUACAGCGUCGUACGUGUUGGCAAGUGGUGCCGAUGGUAUUUUACUAAACACGCCGUUCGUUUCCCGUGGUCUGUUUUUGUUGGUUUGUUUUGAUGGGAAAU